UCAGGAUGCUGGGUGAUCGUGAUCCAAAGAACCAGUUGAUAGUGGCGAAUCCACUGGAAGAGGCAAAGAUAGCUGGGUUCGACUCAGCAGGCUAUGGUCUGCCCAAAGAGGAUCAAGAGCGACGUCAACUUGCUAGAAAUUGCAUGACAAAGUUCUCCACUCAGCUAGUCUACAGACGUAUUCCCGUCGAAUACAUUGUAGAAACGGUGGUGAUCACGCGUAACUCUCUACCUUGGGACGACAUUCCCCGCGGCUGGUUCCGUGGUGCCGCCGACCCAUCCUCUCAGCCCCACUACAACUGGCUACAUCAGCUUUCCUUCAGCCCCUUCAUGUAUCUGCAGUAUGGUACCACACAGAGCAACAUCAUGCUGGAGAAGAACAAGAUCGAGAGCGUUUUGGAAAAGGAGGCCUACUAAUGGGAUCGGUCGAGGGAGUACUGGGAAGUCGACGUUAAGGGUUUUGAGGGAGACGACGACAGUGAAGAGUCCGGGGACGAGCAAGGCGAUGUAUCUCAGGAGGUGCGCCCUGGGGACGAGGAUCAGGAGGGGGAAGGUGAGGAGGAAGAGGAAGAUGCAGACGAAGGAGAAGCUGCUGAACACUCGUGAAGGUGGAAGUUGAGGAUAUUCAUGUUGCCGCCGUCAAACGAGAACAUCCAGAAGACGAGGAUGAGGGGGAACGGAUAGACGUAAAGAGGGAGAGAAGAAAUAGGGAG